AUGUGUUGUACAGGGAAGUGUGCCCGUUUAGUGGGUUUGAUCCUGCUGCCCUCAGCAUUUGCGUGUAUGAUAGCCAACCUGCUGCUGUUCUUCCCCAAUGGGGAGAGUCUGAAGAAUGACCAGAUCUCUUUGCAGGUCUGGCUUAUGGGAGGACUCCUCGGUGGAGGACUGUUUAUGCUGUGUCCAAGCUGUUCAGCUAUCAGGGCUGGGGGCAAGGGUUGCUGUGGAAAGGGUUGCUGUGGGAACCGUUGCCGUAUGCUGAACUCUGUGUUUUCUUCUGCGUUUGGUCUGAUUGGGGCAAUAUACAGUACCAGUGUUGCAUCUGCUGCACUGGCUAUAGGACCAAAAUGCCAAGUAGCUGGCAUGGAAUGGAAGUAUCCCUUUGAGGACAUGCCCCAAGGGAACAACAGCUACUUGGUGGAUAAAUCUCUGUGGUCACUCUGUGAGUUCCCAGAGAAUUCGGUCCUCUGGCACAUUGUUCUCUUCUCCAUCAUACUGGGCUUGGGCAUGCUGCAGGUCGUGCUCCUUGGAAUACAGGUCAUCAAUGGCUGCCUGGGCUGCUUCUGCGGCGACUGCCGAAGCAGCAAGGAUGAUGAAGCAGGAUUAUGACCAAAAGAUACUAUCAGUGAAUUCAACAUAAUUAAACAUUCCAAUGUCAGAUGUCUUUAAACAUUUCAUAUGUGUACAUUGACUGUAUGAACAGCAGCAACUUGCUUGAUGUGCUAAUUUAAUUUUAGUGAAGAUUUAUUACAAAACAUGUUUGUAGCAGCAAAUAAACUUUAAUUUGCCAGGUGAUAUAUUUUUCAUGCAAAUGUCCUAAAUGCAUCUUAGUAAUACAGAAAUAUGGAAAUCA